AUACAUACACAAGCUGUCGUCACCAACUUAUUGUAAUUCUUUACGCCAUUCACAUUAACAGCGUACAUAUUGCGGCGAUUGCAGCAGCAAUUUUAAUCGUGUUUUUACAUCGAAAAUCUAUUUGUGAAAAGAAAGAGUAAACAAGAUGUCCCGUUUCUUUGCGACCGGUGGGUCCGAUAGCGAAUCGGAUAGCGAAUCAGAUAAAGAGCAAUUUGUUGCACGUCCAGCACCAGCUGCAUUUACGUUCAGCGACGAAGAAGAAGAAGUAAAGCGUGUGGUGCGUUCAACGAAAGAGAAACGCUAUGAAGACUUGACGAAUUUAAUUAAAGCCAUCCGUAACCAUCGGAAAAUCAAGGAUAUGGCUAGUUUGCUGCAGAGCUACGAAGAUAUGACUCGUGCUUACCAGAAAGCAUUGCCAGUCAUUAUGAAAGAAGAAAAUGGCGUUACUCCACGCUUCUAUGUGCGUGCAUUGGCCGAAAUGGAAGACUUUAUCAAUGAAGUUUGGGAAGAUCGUGAGGGUCGUAAGAGUUUAUCGAAAAAUAAUUCGAAAGCGUUUGGACCAUUGCGUCAAAAAUUCCGAAAAUACAUAAAAGAUUUUGAAGCUGAUUUGGCAAAAUUCCGUGAGUCACCGGACGAAGAAGAUGAACCAGAAGAGGAGAAGGAGGAAGUCAGUGAAAGUUCUGAAGAUGAAGAACCAGCACCAAAAACAGUCACCUUCAAAAAAGAGAAGAAAGAAAAGGAAGCAGCCGACGAUUCGGAUGAUUCAAUCGAUUGGUUAUCGGAUACCGAAUCGGAUUCAGAUUUAUCGGAAGAAGACACGCAAUAUGUUAACAUUCGCGAUCGUUACUUGAAGAAAGCAAGCGACAGAAUUGAUAACGAUGAGGAAGAAAAAAAGAAAAAGAAGAAGAUACCCAAACAACACAAGCCACACGAAGAGACUGAUGAAGAGGGCGGAUGGGAAACUGUCACAAAAGGUUCAUCAACAACCGCCGAAAAACCGAAAUUGUUCGCCAAAGAUGCCGAAAUCGAUGUUCCAUUGGUUCUCAACAAGCUGAACGAGAUUAUGGCAUCGCGUGGAAAGAAACGUACCGAUCGUCGUCAACAAAUCGAUUUGUUGUUUGAAUUGAAACAAAUCGCCCAACAACAUAAUUUGGGUGAUGCAGUUGCAUGCAAAAUUCGUUUCAAUAUCGUAUCAGCUAUUUUUGAUUACAAUCCAAAAGUGAAUGAACCCAUGAAAUUGGAAUAUUUUACUAAACUGUUGGAAGUUAUGCAUGACCUCAUAGAACUUCUUUUGAAUUCGAAAGAUAUCACACUAUCGGAAUCUGUGAAUGAAGAACAAGAAGAAUAUGAGAAUGCCCCAUUCUAUUUGCGUGGAUGUGUGUUGACGGCCGUUGAGCGGCUUGAUGACGAAUUCACCAAGUUGCUGAAGGAAUGUGAUCCACAUUCAAAUGAUUACGUUGACCGUUUGAAGGAUGAAGUACGUGUAACAGCUAUUAUUGAGCAGGUGCUACAAUAUAUUGAGCGUAUCGGAAAUGAAACUGAAAUUUGCCGUGUAUACUUGCGGAAAAUCGAUCAUUUGUAUUACAAAUUCGAUCCGACCGUUUUGAAGAAGAAGAAUAAAGAAAUUGAUGAAGAUACCACUACUAGUGUUAAUGUAAUGGAAAAACUAUGCCGUUACAUUUACGCUAAAGAUAAUACGGAUCGUUUGCGUACUAGAGCCAUUCUAUCGCAUAUUUAUCAUCAUGCAUUGCACGAUAAUUGGUUCCAAGCUCGUGAUUUAUUGUUGAUGAGUCAUUUGCAAGAGAACAUUCAACAUUCGGAUCCACCAACUCAAAUCCUCUACAAUCGUAUGAUGGCCAAUUUGGGAUUGUGCGCUUUUCGUCAAGGUUCAGUGAAAGAUGCUCAUCAAUGUUUGGUUGAUUUAAUGAUGACUGGUAAACCGAAAGAACUUUUGGCUCAAGGUCUUUUACCACAACGUCAACAUGAACGUAGCCCCGAACAAGAAAAGGUAGAGAAACAACGUCAAAUGCCUUUCCAUAUGCACAUCAAUUUGGAAUUAUUGGAAUGUGUCUACUUGGUAUCGGCUAUGCUUCUUGAAAUUCCAUAUAUGGCCGCUCAUGAAUUCGACGCAAGACGUCGUAUGAUCAGUAAAACUUUCUACCAACAAUUGCGAUCAUCGGAACGUCAAUCAUUGGUUGGACCACCAGAAUCAAUGCGAGAACAUGUUGUGGCUGCGGCAAAAGCAAUGCGUUGUGGCAACUGGUCAGCUUGUGCUCAAUUCAUUGUUAACAAAAAAAUGAAUACAAAGGUUUGGGAUCUAUUCUAUGAAGCCGAUCGUGUUCGUGACAUGCUUACAAAAUUCAUCAAGGAAGAAUCGUUGCGCACUUAUUUGUUUACUUAUUCGAAUGUAUACUCAUCGAUAAGUAUGCCAAGUUUGGCUGAUAUGUUUGAUUUGGUUUUGCAAAAAGUGCAUUCCGUCAUUAGUAAAAUGAUCAUAAACGAAGAAUUAAUGGCAUCACUGGACGAUCCAACCGAUACGGUUGUCAUGCAUCGCUCGGAACCAUCACGCCUGCAAGCUCUUUCCAUGCAAUUAGUUGACAAAGUCACAAAUUUGGUGGAUGCCAACGAACGUAUUUUUGAAGUCAAACAAGGCACCAAUUUCUAUCAACGAGGCAAUCAACUCAAAAAUUUCAACUUCAACAAGCAACAACAACGUGGCAACUAUCGCAACCAAAAUCACAAUCAAGGUGGCUACAAUCGUCGUAAUCAAAAUAAUCAAGGCUGGAAUAAUGCGGGCCGUAAUAACAAUCGCAAUCGUAACAACAACAAUAAUAAUAACAGCAACAACAACAACAACAAUCAAUUUGAAGAGGAGUAAAUCCAUAUUCGAUUUUGUAUGCAGUGUUGGGUGCGGCGUAAAAACAAGAAGUGAAAAAAAAAGAUCGAUUCAAAUUCAGUUUGAAGAGCGUCAUUUGUGCAUUCGACUUUAUAUUUAUAAUUAUAUUUUAAAAAUUGUCUUUUUUGUACAUUUUAUCUAUUAAAUUAUAAUAUAAGAUGAAUAGCACAAAUGAAACUAAAACAAUUCCAAUCAAAUUAAUUUGUGUCGUAUCCCGGUUCGGCUGUCAUGAGUUCAGCUCUAAGCAUCUGAACCGGGAUAAUGAAUACAGAAAAAAAAAAUUGCAUAAAUAUUUAAAAAAAAAUGAUUUUGUUUGAGAGAAUUAGCUUGUUCCAGUGACCGGUUCG